AUGACGACCCAAGUAGCAACCCAAUUGGAGCCAUGGUGUGAUUUAAGAAACAAAGUGGUUCUAGUAACUGGUGCAUCAUCUGGUUUGGGCAAGGACUUUUGUCUUGACUUAGCCAAAGCUGGUUGCAGGAUUUUAGCAGCUGCUCGUCGUAUAGAUCGUUUACAGUCUUUAUGUGAUGAAAUCAAUCAACUGAGUUUAUCUUUCCCUUCUUCCUCCUCAACAACGGAUGUGGAAAUUCAGCCGCGAGCGGUGGCGGUGGAGUUGGAUGUUUCUGCUGAUGAAGCCACUGUUGAUCAGUCUGCACAGAAAGCCUGGGAUACUUUUGGAGGGAUUGAUGCUUUGGUUAAUAAUGCUGGUGUUAGAGGAAGUGUGAGGCAUCCAUUGGAAUUGCCUGAGGAGGAAUGGAAUCAUGUUGUCAGAACGAAUACAACCGGAACUUGGCUGGUUUCGAAGGCUGUUUGCAUUCGAAUGCGUGAUUCGAAACGAGGAGGAUCAGUUAUCAAUAUUGCUUCUAUUGCUGGUCUUAAUCGUGGACAAUUGCCUGGAGGCAUUCACUAUGUUGCUUCAAAGACAGGGGUGAACUCCUUGUCAAAGGUGAUGGCUAUUGAAUUGGGAGUGGACAAAAUCAGAGUGAACUCAAUAUCACCCGGGCUUUUCAAAUCGGAGAUCACACAGGGUCUCAUGCAAAAGGACUGGCUUAGUAAUAUUGCCCUGAAAACAGUCCCUUUAAGAACAUUUGGCACUGCAGAUCCAGCACUAACAUCACUUGUCCGAUACCUAAUCCAUGACUCUUCAGAAUAUGUGACAGGCAACAAUUUCAUUGUGGAUGCUGGGGCAACCCUACCGGGACUCGCCCUAUUCUCUUCACUUUGA